UACAAGAUUGUGCUACAGGUGACCAGAGGUGUGGUUUGUUCAAAGAGAAACUAUAUAUUUUGUUAGGACAGACAAGAACACCUUACGAACCCUGUUAGCCUCAGGCGUUUACAGGCAUGAUACAAGAAUAAGCCUCUUCGCUCUUUCAUCCAGACACCCUUUCUCACUCAAGCUGUUGAGAGACCAAACACUGCAGCAAUGCCUGCUCCAGGUGUGUGUCUGAACAUCUUGGAGACUCGUAACAAGCAAAACGGUUAUGGGUGCGUCGCCAACCCUGAGAAGUUCCUCAACCAAGACUUCCAGGAGCUGAAACAGUACUGUCUCAUCCGGGGAGUGAGGUACAUAGACAAGAUGUUCCCCCCUGACAGGAACUCCAUCGGUGAAGGGAUACUGAGCCCUUCUGACCUGGCCCGUGUGGUGUGGCUGAGACCAGCGAAAAUUGCUCCUAAUCCAUCCUUCAUACUUGAUGGGGUCUCCAGGUUUGACUUUGGUCAAGGACUACUUGGAAACUGCUGGUUUCUUGCAUCUAUCGGAGCUCUGACAUUCCAGAAUGACGUCUUCGGGCAAGUUGUUCCUCUUGAACAAACAUUUGACGAGAACUACUGCGGGCUGUUCCACUUCAGGUUCUGGAGAUUUGGAAGGUGGGUGGAUGUCGUCAUUGAUGACAAGCUACCGACAAUCAAUGGGAGACUAAUCUUCGUAAACUCGAAAGACCAAAAUGAGUUCUGGCCUGCUUUGCUGGAGAAAGCCUAUGCCAAGGUGUGUGGUUCCUAUACCGACAUGAGUGCUGGAUCUCCUUCAGAGGCUAUGAUGGACUUCACUGGUGGUGUUCACAUGUGUAUUCGGCUGUCAGAUCCCCCUCCAAACCUGUGGGAGCUGAUGUACAGAGCUGGCCAAUCCAAGUCACUGAUGAGCUGUGGUACACCUCAAGGGGAGACACCUGCCAACACUGUAUUGCCGAAUGGAUUGGUCCAAGGCCAUGCCUACACUGUCACGGGUGUGAAACAGACGAUGAGCCAGGGGAAACUAGUAAACUUGGUGCGUUUGUGGAACCCCUGGGGCAAAGGAGAGUGGAACGGAGACUGGAGUGAUCGGUCAUCUCUGUGGAAAACCGUGAGUGCUCAAGAUCGUGACAUGUGCCUUUCAGUGGAUGAUGAUGGAGAGUUUUGGAUGACUAUGGAAGACUUUUGUAAGUUCUACACGGAUCUUGACAUCUGCUCCCUGUGUCCCGACUUCUUUGAGGAAAACUCCUCUCGUCACUGGAAGACCUCCUUCUAUGAGGGGAGAUGGGUUGCAGGAACCACUGCUGGAGGAUGCAUGAAUAAUAAAGACACUUUCUGGACUAAUCCACAGUAUCGGGUCAAGAUUGAUGGUGAAUAUUCGGAGAAAGAUGGCGAUAAAAACAUGCUGGUGUCUCUCAUUCAAAAGCCUGACAAGAGGAACCGACGCCUGGUCCAACAUCUCCACAUUGGAUUCUCGGUAUUUGAGGUGACUGAAAACUACAAGGCACAGAGUGGGAAGUUCCCAGCCUCUUUCUUCAGCAGACGCGCACCUGUCGCCCAAACUAAAACCUACAUGAAUGCACGUGAGGUGAUGGAGUUCCUUAUGCUGAAGCCUGGUGAAUACCUGAUUGUGCCGUCCACCUUCAAUUCCAAUGAGACAGCCACCUUCAUCCUGACCAUCCUCUCCAAGACAGAGACCCAUGGCUAUGAGAAUUCUGGUGACCACAAACAUGAGCCAGUUGAAAAGCUCGAAAAUGUCACAAAAGUACAGGAUGAUGAGAAUAAGAAAAACUUUUUCCGCCAACACUCCGACAAGUAUGAAGAAGUGGAUGCUGAGCAGCUCCAGAAGCUUCUAAAUGAAAACAUCCUGAAAGGAGACUUGAAAUCUGGAGGCUUCAGCAUUGAUGCCUGUCGCAGUAUGGUUGCUCUGAUGGAUACAUCAAUCACCGGCAAACUGAACAGUGAGGAAUUUGUUCGUUUGUGGAAGAAGGUCGUCACAUACAAGGACAUUUUCUUCCUCACUGAUGUUUCACGAACAGGAACACUGUCUCUGAGUGAGCUGAGGAAUGCAAUCGUAGCUUCAGGAAUGAGGGUCAGCGAUGACAUGCUCAAUUUGAUGGCUCUGCGCUACAGUGUGUCCUCUAGACACAUGACGCUGGAGAGCUUCAUCAGUCUCAUCCUUCGCUUGGACUGCAUGAAGAAAAUCUUCAAACAACUGUCUGAUGGAAAAAUCAUGAAUCUUCGAGAGUCAGAGUGGAUUUACAUUUCAAUGUACACUUAACCCAAAAAGGAAGAUGGACUGCACAAUUCAUCUGGAAAUACAGGAGCAGAUAUUUCAAAAGAAUGUUUUCCUUUCAUUUGCCAGAUUGCAUAAUAAAUAAAAGAUACAUUCCUCUGCUAAUGAGCCAUUACACAUAUGCAAUGUAACUAAAGGGCAUUUUCUUUUUAAAACUUUGUUUAUGCAAUGAAAUACACAUUAAUGUGAAAACAUAACAUUACCAAUCCUAUAACAUCUUAUUACAUGUAAAAGAGUUACUGCAUUUUUUAUCAGUAGAAUUAUAAUGUAGGCUUAUUCACUCUGUGCUUUCCAAAUGAAUGUAUUAUACAAACACAUUUCAGAUUUCAGUGUAUGACAUGGGCUCAUUUUAAUUACAAAAGCAGUGUAGACCAUUUUCUAAUUUUGUUUUUAAUAAAAAAAUUUUAAAAAACCCGUGUGCACCUGUAUGUGUUCAGGUCACUGGUUUGAUUUGUGCUGGUUUGUAUGUCAUCCCUUUCUCACCAUGUUUCCUGAAAAUUUCAAUCACUUAUUAACUAUUAUUAUUACUAAUAGUUUGUUAUUAACAGUUGAUUUUAUCACAGAGGAACAGUCCGACUAUUAAGCACAUAUUGACAUAUGACAUAUACUUCAGUCAAAACCCUUAAAGGAAACUUUUUCUUUGGAAAUGCACCCUGAGGUCCAGCUUACUAAUCACAUU